GAGAGAUUGUCUGGAUAGGUUGACCCGCGCAUCCUGAUGUCCCAGGAACACCGGGUGUGCAUGUCGAUAUCUCAAGCUCAGUUCUUGAUACGACACUGAGCUACUAGUCAUUACGCUGGUUGUUGGCAGCGUCUACUUGUCGAUCUGCCUCUUUGGUUCUGAUUCGUUCAACGAUAUAUCGUCGAGGAGUCGUACUUGCAGGGGGGACAGAAGUCUCGGUCUAGAUGUAAUCUCGACCAGCAGUUGGCCGGACGCUGGCGUAUGCAGCCAUGUCGACACUUUGUCAGUGUGUUUGAGGCCAUAACUUGCAAUGCAUCUUUAGGAGGUUCGAAGUUGAUCGGUAUGAGAUUUUUAGAGAUUUUCAGUUGCAGCAGUCCUUACCUCAUGGCGACAGUUUCCAACACGGACAACGAGCUGUGCUCGAGCGUCAACAUAACACAAUCAUUCCCUUUUGAGCUACACUACAUCAAAGCACUGUACUUGAAUCAUCAAUACAAAGAAUGUGCGCGCAGAUGCGAGGAACUGCUCGCUCACAACCAGAACGUGCCGGCACAUGCCAUCUUUCUCAACUUCUACGCUGCCCUUUCUUAUGAAGGUCUUGCUAGAAUCAUGCAUGUUUACUCGGUAUGGAGACUACCCAAGAUUACUGCAGCCGAGUCUGCAUACAAUAAAGCAUUGGAUGCAUGCUCAACUGAAGAGCACCUCCUUGGAGAAAGGUCAAUGCUGUACAAUAUUGACCUUCAAGACCUUUCAACCCGCACAACUCCAGUCCCCGAGAUGGCGCACGUCCGCCGGAGCAAGAAGCCGUCCAUAGCUCACCUUGGACCUGGAUCAGCAAUCUCCCGCACCAACUCUCUUAGUGCACGAAGCGACCGCAUCAACUUCAGCUGGCCACGCAGUUUUACUCCCUUGUCCUGCGCUACCGUCAAAGCAAUCCAAUACAGCGUGUGUCAAGACAUGAUGGCCCCCUUGGAAGACCCAUUCACAAUGUCUGUAUCAGAGUCACCAAACGGACCAGCAUCAGAUCACAGCACACCGAUCAGAACUGAAAACCUGAAUGCCAACAAGGACGUGUUCGACUCACCUCAUCCUCCAUCCCCCACGCGCUCUUACAGAUCUACUCCUCCUACUUCAAUCACAGACAAAGCCCAAGCAGCAUGUACGACUCACCUCAUGGCUCUCCACAGCCAACUAAACACCCACCUUGCUCAGCUCCUUGAGCUCAAGCACUCCACCAUCGCAGACCAAGCCGAGCGCGUCCACCGACAGAGCGGCACGCUCUCAUCUUCCCCUAGUCAACCUACCAAGCUGCCGCAAUCACGUAGCUUCUGGAGUUUCAAGGAUCCAGAAACCGAGAAGAAGGAGAUGCUAUUGAGAAUUGAAGAGGGUAGAGCCAGGGGUUGGAAGAGCAAGAGGUUCGAAGCGAAGAAGUAUGCUCAAUUGGCUGAGAAGGCCCUUGCCGAGUUGGAGAUUUGAGGAGUGGAGUGAAUCGAAACCUAUCGUGAUCUUGGUGUUUCGAGAGAAGGUCAGAGCAUGAUGAACGCAUGAAGGAAAUGCUGUCAGGUGUGGUCUGGAAUCAAUUCAGGCCUCUAAUUAGAUCACGGUGCUUUACAACCAUGAUCAUCGCAAGGAGGACACACAUGUUCGCUCGCUCAGAAGGUCAAUAGCUUGACCAAUACUUAAUGACUAAUACACAAAUAUACCCU